UAAAGUGCAGCGUCAGCACGAGGAGCUUGAUUGAAUGCUGAUGAAGCACGUGUCUCAGGAAGUUUGCUGCCUCUGCCCACACACACACAGACCCUUAAGAAAAACACACUUUCAUCUGCACUUCUACAUACACUCCUGUUUUAAAAAAAUCAAUCUCGGAGGAUAUUUUUGACGCUCUUUCCAUCGACGUAAUCGCGCUCGCGCUCGCGCACCUGUGAUGCAAAAUUACCAUUUUUUUAAAAACGUGGCCUGUCGCGUGAUCUCCACGGAACGACAGAACGCGUUCAUCUUGUACAUAAGCUGUCAAGAUGACCCAAGAUCAGCUCCUCACGGGUUUGAAGAAGGAUGUCCGCUCUCUUCUGGUCUCUGCUAAGCGUGGUUUGACCCCUGAGCAGCUCAAGAGAGACUACCACACCAUGCUGGGCUUCCCCAUGCCCCUCAGGUUACUGGGAUUCAGAAAUGUUUUGGAUAUGGUGAAGGAAAUGCCGGAUGUCGUGCACUUGGAAUACCACCUCGAUGGCAGCAUCGUUUUGAAAGCCAUUGUAGAUGAGAGCACCAAAGGCAUCCAAGAGCUGGUGGCUAAGCAACGUGACCCCAAAACCAAAACCAGCAUUCGGAGGGGAACACCAAGAAACUUCCACAUCUCUUACCCACGGAACCAGCCCGUUAUUCUCCCUCGCCGUGGCCAAUCAAAACCCGCUCUGCCCGCUCAACUGCGCAGCCAACUAAAACAGUUACUAUCUCAUGGGCCGGUCAGAUUAUCAGAGCUGGAGUCCAGGUAUAUGGGGCAGUUCGGAAAGCCGCUCAACAUCACGCAGUAUGGCUUCUACUCCAUUUCCGAGAUGCUGGCAGCUGCCACGGAUUUCGUAAUCAUGCAGCAGAGUCGCACAGGCUCGCAACUGCUGCUGAGGAAUGCCAUAAUGGCACAAAAUCAGUUCAAACAUCUGAUGACAAAUCUUUCUAAGCCAUUGGCACCUCCUUUGGUGGCAAAACAGAAGCCGGUCAGUCCUAAAACAACUUCGCCACUUGAGAGGAACAAGCAAGAUUCGCACUCCCCCCCUGCUGUUCCUAAACCGGAGCCUGUGAAGGCAGAGCACUCUUUUGAAGAAACUAUUUUUAAGCUUGAGGAGGAGCUCAGACAGCAGAUCCUUGAGAAGGGCACCGCUGGCACCGUCAGCCACAAGCUGAAAGAUAAGCUACGGAAGGUUGUAGCUGAAAAUGGCAAUGGGAUCUCCAUUCACAAUCUUCCCACAGAAUACAAGCGAAUGUAUGGUGAGGAGUUGCCGGUGAGCCAGUAUGGCUUUCUGAGCGUGACGGAAAUGGUUGGGGCUUUGAGUGACACAUUGUCCAUCCAAAAAGGUGCUGACGAAAGUGAAAACCAUUGGAUGGUUGUGGAGUUCAAACCAAAUGACAUACAACCCACUGAACCUGAAUUAUCCCCGGGUCACGGCACCACCUCCAGUCUGACGACUAAAUCCCAGAAUCCCUCCAGCAAAGCCUAUUACUUCAGCUGUGCCGAGUCUGCAUGGGAGCGCGAAGAGGUGGAGCAAUACACAGACACCCAAGAGUCCGAGGCUGAGCUCAGAAUCACCAAUAAAACCAUCCAUCAGAUGGCGGAUCUUUUCCCAGAGCUGGUAGUGAGUCGAGUUUCAGCGGUUCCUCCAGACGCAGUGUGCUGCCAGAAGCUGAAGCCCCCGGCUCGCAGGAGGGAGAGAGAGCUGGUGCCUGUCCUGGUGGAGCAGACGGAGUCUCCCAGCCACUUCUACAUCCGCUUCAGCCAGAACAAGGAGGCCAGAGCCCUAGAGAACAUGAUGAUUGAAAUGAGGAGCUGUUACUCCUACCCAGAUGUGACGGAGAGAUACCGGCUGCCUGAUGCGUAUGUGCGGCCGGGUCAGGUGUGCUGUGUGGCCCCCAGAGACAUGUGGUUCUACCGGGUAGUGAUCCACGAGCUGUUCAGUGAUACUGAAGUAAAGGUCUACUAUGUUGACUUCGGAGACAUCACAAAAGUGGAACGAAACAGCCUCCGGUUUCUCAAAGCUUGUUAUGCUGAUCUUCCAGCUCAGGCUGUCCCUGCAAUGUUAACUGGAGUUCGGCCCAUCACGAGCAUUUGGACUCAGAGUGCGAUCAGCGCUUUCCAGCGGAUGUGCUGUGAGCGCACUCUGGUGGCCGCCAUCCACAGCUACCAGGAGGACUUCCUGUUGCUCUUCCUGUGCGACACAAACACGGAGGAGGAUGUUUACAUUCACCUCGCCCUACAGAAAGAGGGCCACGCCCUUCCCUCCGUUACCGCUUUUGGAUUGGUGUCAGGGAAGUUCAACCCAGUGACGUCUUAUUUUGGAGAUGAUCAGCUUGAGGAAGUAAAGGAGUGUCUCUCACCAUCCACAUCUUUUCCAGAAACCCAGAUCUUCUUUCAGGGAAAUGGCUCUCUGAGCUCCUCUCAAACGGUUUCCAGCUCUGAAAAUGAAGAAACUAACUUUUCCUCCAUAAAUGUGGACUCAACCCUCGACAUUCCUGCCCUCGAGUUUAUAAAUGUUCCUGAUGUCAACACUGCGGCUAAAAGUGAGAAAGUAAAUCCGUCUGAGGCUCCGCAGGCUGAAGACUCAUUAUGCUGCAGUGAAUGGGAUCAGGGAUGGACAGCAGGAGACGAAACGGAUAAGACGAAACUAAAACCUGAAGUCAAGACCGAAGACGAAUUGAAACCUGAGACUGUGCCUACUCCUCUACCUGCCCAAGCAGCAGUAUGUGAACCGCGGAUGUGUGCAUCUCCAAUUGAACCAAAGACCAUCUCAACCACAUGCACCAGCCCUCACACCCCUGGCCCCAUCAGGAUCAACACCAGCUAUCCAGUUUUUCCAGGUGUACCCGUUAAUCUGGUCCAGCCCCAGCUCUCCCACUUUAUGAUGCAGUUAUUCGGCAGUCCAGUUCAUCUGGGACCAGUUCCAAACCCUCUGUUCCAGCACCACACAUCUCCGCUAGCUCUGAGACCAGCUGCGCGCCUGUCCGCCGGGGCAAACAUCCUACCAUGGCGAUCCAAUUACAUAGCUUGACCGGCCACAAGUGGUGCGUUUUGUACUUUUGUCAUGUUCAAUAACUUUUGUUCUUUCGUUUUUUUGGCUGCAACAUCCCAGAAAUAUAUCAAAUGAUAUAUAAGAAAAGCAGCAGAGGGCACGUAAAAGUGGAUACAUUUCUUAUUCUUUUUAGCGCAAUAUCUCUCCAGUAGCACGCUGUUCUUUAUUUUUAUGUAUUUGCAUGUACAGUGCUGAAGUUUUGUGUGUUUUUGUUUUUUCUCAA